CCUAUCUUAACUAUAACCAUGGCCUAACGUCGACAUCAACCAUAUUGAGGACCUUAUGGAUUCCUCUUCAGCUUUUCAAGUAAUUCCACAGAAUAACAGCACGGCCCAUGUGCUUCUGCAUCUCUUCAUCCAGGAAUAUGGCCUUGGCCAACGUGUACCGAGGGAAUACAAGCCCGCAAAACUCGUUUUGGAAAUGCUUGAACGGGUGACAUCCAAGGACGCUGAACGGUUGGUUAUAAUCCUGUCCGGUUGUACUUGGUGCUGCCAUUCUGGGAACCAUUCCUCCAUGAAACUUUCAAAACUACCCAUCAGUAAAGCUCUGGAACAUACGAGGAAGAAUAAGCUUUGCUGAGUAUACGCUGGGAAGUAUGCGGUACCACUAAUGACGAUGAGAAUUGAAUACUCAGACUAACUAGGCUAAUAUGAUUAAACCUUCGCAAUAUCAUGAAAAUUAUGAUUUGACUAUUCUGC